AAAAAAACGCAACUUAAUUCCUCGUGUUCAAAUUUGAAUCAAGGUCAUUAAACGCCAACCAUACAUUUUGUUGAGUUUAGAAUAUUAACCAAAAAUUUCCAUGCUAGGCUAUAUGUAUGCCAAUUCGUGUUUAACCAAAUAACCAUCAUACAAUAUAAAUCAUCAGCUUCUUUAGCCAAUAAUUAAACUUUUAAUCCUAAAACCAUUUGACUAUUCAAGAUCAUUAUGGGUGUUACAACUUUUAACCAAGAGUUUCAAUCCCCUAUAGCACCAAUUCGUUUGUUCAAAGCUUUAAUUGUGGAUUCAAAAUCUCUUAUACCAAAACUAUUGCCUCAAUUUGUUGAGAGUGUUGGUUUGUUACAAGGAGAUGGUGGAGCUGGAAGUAUUGAACAAGUGAACUUCACAAAAGGUAGUCCAUUUGAGUUUGUGAAACAUAGAAUAGAUGAACUAGACAAAGAAAACAUGGUGUGCAUAUACACAAUGAUUGAAGGGGAUGCAUUGGGAGAAAAGCUGGACUCUAUUUCUUAUGAGAUUAAAUUUGAAGAGUCCAAUCAAGGCUGCAUUUGCAAGAUGACAACUAAUUAUCAUGGAAUUGGUGAAUUUGUUGUCAAAGAAGAAGAUAUUAAAGCUGGCAAAGAUAGUGCUAUUGGCAUAUAUAAAACAGUUGAAGCACACCUCAUUCAAAAUCCAAAUCUUUAUGCUUAAAUUUGCCUUGUGUUAAAAUGAAGAUUGAAGCCUAUGGUUUUGUUUUCUUCUUUAAUAGUUUUUUUAAUCACUUCACCCAUGGUAUAAUAAAAAGACAUUUAUUUGUUGUUAAAGACAUGUAACAGACCAACCAUGAUAUGACAAAUUGCAUUCAAUUGAUGUAAUUAGUUAAAUGUUUAUGUUGGGAUAAAUUCAGCCCACAAUACACUUUUAACAUGGUGUAACAUAGUCUGAUUUGAACCAGGGUCGUGUAAUAUAUAUUCUUCAAAGGCAUCACCAUUAAGAGUAUCCCUACACUUUAUAUAUAAUAUUUCUUUUCUUUUCAA